UCCGGGGUCAACACAAUACACAAUAGUGUGGUUUUACUUUUUUAGUUAGGUCUAUGUUUUCAGUUAUGUUGUGAGUGCUAGCUACAUUCUCAGCGAGUGCAUUGUUGAUUAUAAACAUGUGAAUGAGAUCGUACUCAAGACAAUAUCUUUAAAUAUUCGAGAAGCUUUUAACAUCGAAGUGAACGCCAACAAAGCAGAAUUUUGAUUCUCACCUGUAACUAUCCUCCUGGUACCCUACUGGGUAAUCAUUCUACCCGUCACUGCAGACCAAAUGACAUCAAGGCUGGAUACCGAUGCACCACAUCGCAACCGACCCAUAACAUGGGCAAAGAACCACAACAUGUGCAACUCAAGGACACCCAAAAUGACACUCACAAGAAGGAGGUUCUGUCGGCGAACAACGCCCUCCCAGUGGUGCGCAAUCCCGUUCCCAACGCUGGAAGCAAGGUUCUUACGAACGUUACAAACCAACCGGACUGGGUUGAGUAUACGUCGGGAGCGGGGGCCGCCUUCGUUAACAUUAUCGUAACGUUCCCCGCCAAUAAAGUCAUCUUCCGCCAGCAGCUUCACAGCAUCAGGAUGCACAAAGCGAUACGCCAGAUGCAAAAAGAAGGCCUCAGGAAUUUGUACAAAGGAGUGCUACCCCCUCUCUUACAACGCAUGUCAGGAUUGUCGCUUAUGUUCGGACUCUACGACCAGUACACCAGGAUCAUCAUUAGUCAUAUUGACUGCAAGUUAUCAACUUCUAAACUCUUUGCAGCAUUACUCUCAGGCUCAACAGAGGCAGUUUUAGUCCCCUUUGAGCGUGUCCAGUCGCUCCUUCAAGAUCACCGGCACGGCGAGAAGUUUAACAACACCUUUCAAGUAUUCCGUCAGCUUAGGGGUUACGGACUGCGCGAGUAUUAUCGCGGCUUGACGCCUAUCUUAUUACGCAAUGGACCCAGCAGCGCAAUCUUCUUCACGGUGCGAGAGAAGCUGCAAGAGUUGGUACCAAAGGAUGCAUCCAGAGCUGAGAAGAUCAGCAUGGACUUUGUGAGCGGUGCCAUCCUAGGAGCCUCUCUGAGCACCAUCUGGUACCCUCUUAAUGUCAUCAAGACCAGGAUGCAGUCCAAAGUGAACGAAGAAUUCAUGUCUGUAUGGAGGACAUUCAACAUUGUGUACAACGAGAGGGGACGCAGGUGGAGGACCAUGUUUCGUGGGGUACACCUUAAUUUCAGCCGGGCGCUUAUUUCGUGGGGUAUCAUCAACGCAUCUUAUGGAUUACUGCAGUCUAUGCUGCAUGAGGUUUGACCCAAGUCGAUCUUCCCAUCAAGGGAACUCGGCAAACUACCAC